AUGCACGCCUCUGCUGGAGCACGUUCCGCCGUCGCGGCGCCGCAGCCGCGCUUCUGCCCGACGCGGCCCGCCGCCUCGCGGUACGCUCCCGGCAACGCGCUCCCGUGCGCGCCGUCCCGGGCAGCCGGCGCCCCGCGCCGGCCCGCCCCCUCGCGCGGCCUCCCGCGGUGGAUCGACGGCCUGAUCCCGGGCGCGUCCCCGAGCCAGGAGGUCGAGACCGCGGAGGCCGCGCAGGGGCAGCAGGUCACGGUGUCGGUCGCGGGGGCGAUGAGCGAGGUCGGCAAGGACGAGUGGAACAACUGCGCCAACAGGGGCGGAGAGGGCGAAGUGAACCCGUUCCUGCAGUGGGAGUUCCUGCACGCCCUGGAGGAGUCGGGGUCGGUGUGCCGGCAGACGGGGUGGCUACCGCAGCACCUCCUCGUGCGGGGGCCGGACGGGGCCCUCAUUGGCUGCUGCCCGCUGUAUGCCAAGGGGCACUCGAUGGGGGAGUACGUGUUCGACCAGGGCUGGGCCGAGUUCAGCGAGAGCAUCGGACAGAGCUACUACCCGAAGCUGCAGGCGUGCGUGCCCUUCACGCCGGUGACGGGCGCGCGGCUGCUGACCGUGCCGGGCCCGCUCGAGGCGCCUGUGCGGGACGCCAUGGGGUCGGCGCUGGUGCAGGUCGCGCAGGAGCUGAGCGUGUCCGGCACGCACGUCACGUUCAAUACCCGGGCGGAGUGGGACGACCUGCACGCCAAGGGGUUCAUGAAGAGGAUGGGCGUGCAGUACCACUGGCAGAACAACGGGUACGAAACCUUCGACGAGUUCCUGAUGUCGCUGAAGCAGUCGCGCCGCAAGUCGAUCCGGCAGGAACGCAAGCGCGUCGGCAAGGAGGGUAUCCGCGUGCGCCGCAGCACCGGCGCGGAGCUCAAGCCGCGCCACUGGGACGCGUUCUACCAGUUCUACCUGAGCACCGUGGAAAAGCGCUGGGGCAACGCCUACCUGACUCAGGACUUCUUCCACAUGCUCGGGGAGACCAUGCCGGACUCCGUGCUGAUGGUCUUCGCCGAGGAGGACGGCACCGCCGGCCCCGGCGCCGCGUGCGGGCCCGAGGGCACCCUCGUUGCCGGCGCCAUCAACCUGGUGGGUUCGCACGCGAUCUUCGGCCGCAACUGGGGCAGCCGCAUGGACCGCUACGUCAAGAACCUGCACUUCGAGGUCUGCUACUACCAGGCCAUCGAGGCGGCGAUCGAGGCCAAGCUCGAGCGCGUGGAGGCGGGCGCGCAGGGAGAGCACAAAAUCCAGCGUGGGUACCUCCCGCGCCCGACGUUCAGCUCGCACUACAUCCGGGACCCCACCGUCCGCAUGGCGGUGGGGCGGUUCCUUGCGCAGGAGCGGGACCACAUGGAGGACACGAUCGAGCUCCUGCGGCGCGAGGUGUCGCCGUACAAGGACGAUGUGCACGGCGUGGUGACGUCGUCGAUGGACCUCUCGUGGUGA